AUGGGCCAGCAAUGCAUCAUCCACUCGUUCGGCGGUAAAGUCGAUGUUACCGGAGAGAUUCUGCAUGGUAAGACGUCAGUCCUGAAACACGACGGAAGAGGUGCCUACGAAGGUCUUCCCCCUUCGGUUAUCAUUACCAGAUAUCACUCUCUGGCAGGAACGCACUCUACCAUACCCGAGUGCCUGGAAGUGAGCUCUUUUGCUCAAUUGGGUGAGGAUGCCGACAAGACUGUCAUUAUGGGCGUGCGACACAAGCAGUUUGCGGUGGAAGGCGUUCAGUUUCACCCUGAGAGUAUUCUGACAGAACAUGGUCAAACGAUGUUUAGAAACUUCCUUAAGCUUACUGCCGGCACCUGGGAAGGCAAUGGAAAGGAUGUUGCUCAGGGAGGCAAUUUCACCGCCGCCGCUCCCAACCCUCCGAAGGCUACUAAGAAGGUGUCAAUCUUGGAGAAAAUUUAUGAUCACCGGAGAGCGGCUGUUGCUAAGCAGAAAACUAUUCCGUCUCAGCGCCCAUCUGAUCUUCAGGCUGCCUAUGAACUCAGCGUUGCUCCGCCUCAAAUAUCGUUUCCUGAUCGCCUUAGACAAUCAGCGUAUCCUUUGUCUUUAAUGGCCGAAAUAAAGCGCGCGUCUCCAUCAAAGGGCCUGAUAGCAGAGCAUGCAUGUGCUCCUGCACAAGCCCGGCAAUAUGCUAAGGCUGGUGCCAGUGUUAUCUCCGUGCUUACUGAGCCCGAAUGGUUCAAGGGCAGUAUCGACGACCUACGUGCGGUGCGUGCAAGUCUAGAGGGACUGACUAACAGACCUGCUAUCCUGCGAAAGGAAUUCAUUUUCGAUGAAUAUCAGAUUUUGGAAGCUCGUCUGGCGGGCGCAGAUACCGUCCUACUAAUUGUGAAAAUGCUUGACACUGAGCUUCUCACAAGACUUUAUCUUUAUUCCCAGAGCCUUGGGAUGGAACCCCUUGUUGAGGUCAAUACACCGGAUGAGAUGAAGAUCGCAGUGGACCUUGGCGCUCAAGUGAUUGGCGUCAACAACAGAGACCUAACAAGCUUUGAAGUUGAUCUUGGCACUACCAGCCGGCUCAUGGACCAGGUACCCGAGAGCACUAUUGUUUGUGCACUUAGCGGUAUUUCUGGACCCAAGGAUGUAGAAGCCUACAAGAAGGAUGGUGUGAAAGCUAUUCUCGUCGGAGAGGCCCUUAUGCGUGCGCCAGACACUGCAGCAUUCGUCGCUGAGCUUCUGGGAGGACAAUCCAAGAAGCUUCCUCUGCAGUCACGAAAUUCACCUCUGGUCAAGAUCUGUGGUACAAGGACUGAAGAAGGGGCGCGCGCGGCUAUUGAAGCAGGCGCGGAUUUAAUUGGCAUUAUUCUCGUCGAAGGCCGAAAGCGCACUGUUCCCGAUGAUGUUGCGUUGCAAAUCUCGAAAGUUGUAAAGUCCACCCCGAGGCCCACUCCUUAUCCAACUGAGGUGCCACAAGGAGAUACGGACGCUACCUCUGUUGACUAUUUCGACCAUUCCGCCACGACUUUGCGGCACCCCACUCGUGCUUUGUUGGUGGGUGUAUUCCUCAAUCAGCCCCUAUCGUAUGUCCUAGCCCAGCAGCAAAAGCUGGGCCUUGACGUGGUUCAAUUGCACGGUUCCGAACCGCUUGAAUGGUCUAGGUUAAUACCGGUUCCCGUUAUCCGCAAAUUUGGGCUUGAUGAGUUCGGCAUCGCCCGAAGGGCAUAUCACACGCUGCCGCUGCUGGAUUCCGGAGCUGGCGGCUCUGGAGAACUCUUGGAUCAGAUGCGCGUUAAGCAGAUUCUAAAGUCUGAUGACGGAUUGCGGGUCAUUUUAGCUGGUGGCCUGGAUCCACUUAACGUUACUGAAAUCAUCAAACAGCUUGACGAAUCUGGAUAUAAGAUCGUUGGUGUCGAUGUCAGCUCCGGAGUUGAGACAAAUGGUGUUCAGGAUCUCGAUAAGAUACGUUCAUUUGUCCAAGCAGCAAAGAGUGCCUUCUAGUGAUUUAAUAGCUCCAUGUCAACAAGAAUAAAACGCGUUUCGGGUUUACCUCUUCC